AUGUUUUAUACUACAUUACAGAGACUCCCGGGUGGUCUAACUCAUCAGUACAUGCCACUUGUACCUAUUCAAUGUACGCUAACCAUGAGAGAAGGGCGUACGCAUGAGGUGACAAUCAGAGGGAAUGAUGAGGGAAUAUUCUUCAUUGACGGGUGGCUACAGUUCCUGCAUGCGAAGGAUAUAAGGACUGAGUACUAUCUUUGGUUCGACCGCAACAGCCUCACAGGCUUUUCAGUCACCGUGUUCGACGAGGAUGCUAUUGAGCGGCCUUUGCGACAUCGUUUUACUCUGGAGAUCAAGAAAACACACAUUGAACGUGCGCGCUUGGUAGUCGAAUAA